GGAAAGCAGCUCGCUCGGCAUUUAUGUCAGACUCCGAGGACCUGCUCAGCCCGGCGAGGGCGGCGGCGCCGAAGCGCUCGACAUCCAUCAGCGCCGGCACCUCACGCGCCGGUGGCCUCAAUAUCGACAAGCUGCUGCGCGACAACAAAAAGCGCAAAGAAAACAUCGCCAAGGGCGAGGAGGCGGCCGCCGAGAUCGAGCGCAGGAAUGGCGAGCGGGAGCGUGAAAAGGAGGAGCAGGCGGCCGCCGCCGCCGCUGCCGCCGCGGCGCCGCGCACACCAUCCGGCGGCGGCGGCGGCGGCAAAAGCGACGAGCGUGCAGCUCGGCUGUUCACCAAGCCUCCGCGCGUCCCGGCCCCGCCGCGCUUUGAGGCGGGCGGCUCAGCGGCAUGGGAGGACGGCGUGGCGGCAGGGGAAGUGGCGGCAGGGGAAGAGAUGCUGCGCCGGCUCGAGGGCCGCGCGCCGUCUGACCCGGAGGCGGAGGAGCUGCUCCUGGGAGGGUGGAUCGGCUCGCGCUUCGGCCGCCGCGCGGAGCCGACGGGCGCGGCGGACGGCGGAGGAGGAGCGGCCGCGAGCGCGGAGCUGUUGCGGUGGCUCUUCUUCACGACUUGCUUCGACGCCGACGCCGACCGGUGCGCGGCCGCCUCGACCGCCCUCGGGUCCCUGCUGCAGUGCGCGGCACCGCGCUGGGUCCCCUCUCCCGACGACGUCGCCUCCGCGCUCGUUCUGUGGGGAGCCGACCCAGACGCGCUCGGCGGCGGCGGCCUCGAGGAGGGCGCAGAGGCGCUGCUCGGCGGUGCGGGCGGUGCGGGCGAGGCGAGCGAGGCGGACCUGCGCCUCAAUCUCCUCGCCCUCCUCGACGCGCUCCCCUUCGCCACUCCGCACUGGCGCACGCAGCUGCUCAGCAGCCAGGACUGGGCCCUGGCGCUGCUGUGGCGACUCCUCGUCGAGCCGCACGCCGCGCCCGCGCUGCCCGCCCUCAGGACGCCAUCAGCGCGCUGAUCGGGCCGUCGCCCG